ACCGCCGGAAGUUUGCAAAUUUGUAAAUCCCCGAUAUCCAAAGGCAUUAGAAUCUGUUAAGCUCACCAAAAUACAAGCCGAGUAAGUAGAGUGUACAAAUGGGUAAAGCAGUGGAGAUCUUGAACGCCGAGGAAGUAGCGGAGGGAGCUCCCGACGACCGGACCUCCGGUAUACCGUCGUCGCAUCUUACAGUCGAUCACACUCUCUCUAUCCCCGAGAUGAAGCCUCAUGUUGUCGAGCUCUGUAAGGAUCUCUUCAAGAAAUGGUCAAAUUUGGAUGAUUCUCACUUCUCCGUUGAGACUCUAUCUGGUGGCAUCACAAAUCUCUUACUGAAAGUAUCUGUAAGGGAAGAAAAUGGGGAAACAGUGAAUCUGACGGUUAGAUUAUAUGGCCCCAAUACUGAUUACGUUAUAGAUCGUGAACGAGAACUCCAGGCCAUUCAAUACCUCUCAGCUGCAGGGUUUGGUGCCAAGUUGUUUGGAGUGUUUAAGAAUGGCAUGGUUCAGUCAUUUAUUCAUGCACGUACCUUAGCACCCUCAGACAUGAGAAAACCCAAGCUGGCAGCUGAAAUUGCAAAAAAACUCCAUGAGUUCCAUCAAGUGGAAAUUCCAGGUCCCAAGGAACCUCAACUUUGGAAUGAAAUAAUCAAGUUCUUUAGAAAAGCAUCAACUCUUCAGUUUGAUGAUAGUGAGAGCCAGAGGAAGUAUGUGACAGUCUCAUUUGAAGAAGUUCAUAAUGAGAUCACUGAGCUCAAGGAAUUGACAGGACAUCUUAAUGCUCCAGUGGUGUUUGCUCAUAAUGAUUUACUUUGUGGCAAUCUGAUGCACAAUGAGGAUGAAGGAAAACUCUAUUUCAUUGAUUUCGAGUAUGGAUCCUACAACUAUAGGGGUUUUGACAUUGGGAACCACUUCAAUGAAUAUGCUGGCUAUGAAUGCGACUACAGCCUGUACCCAACAAAGACUGAGCAGUAUCAUUUCUUCCGUUACUACUUAAAACCCCACCAACCAAAUGAGGUAUCUGAGGAGGACCUUGAAGCUCUUUAUGUCGAGACCAACACUUACAUGUUAGCAUCACAUUUGUGUUGGGGUCUGUGGGGUCUAAUCCAGGCAAAGAUUUCUCCGAUUGAUUUUGAUUAUCUUGGUUAUUUCUUCUGGCGUUACACCGAAUACAAAAAGCAAAAGGAAAAGUGCUUCACAACAGCAAAAGCCUACCUCGCAAAAUCUAAGGGGAUAUUCCAUUAGGUUCCAUGCACUCUUAAAUGUUGUUCAAAUGUAGUACUCUUAUAGCCCUCAAUCUAUGCCUUUUCUCCUUUACACUUUAGGAACCAUAUGUAUAUGAUCAUGAACUGGAAAAGAAAAGAGUAAUUCUUUACUAUAGCAGAGAACAAUAUUGCCUUUUCUUAUCAUGUAAAGGAAAUGCAGUUCUCAGCACAUAUGCAUAAUACAACAACAUUCUGGUUAUUAUAUA